AUGAAGGCACCGUCGGCAACGGAAGUGUUAGCGCUAAUGAAUGCAGCAACGAGACCCGACGGGACUUUAAAUCCAGUUAUGCAGCAUUUGCUUGGACAGAUGCAAGAGCAGCAUGCGCUGAUGCAAGCUCAACUUUGUGUCCAAUCUCAAAAUGAACAAUCCAAUACUGAAAUCAAGUAUAAGGCAUCGGGUACUUCAGGUCAGCCACCAGUGAUUAAAGUGGAACACGAGCAUCGUACUACCAGUCCUGUCAAUAAUUCCUUACUAGUAUCAAGACCUUCCGAUAUAAUUUUGUCUCCUAUUGCUAUUGAUUGCACGUUAUCAAGUACGGCGCCUGCAAAUGAUCCCACAACAUCAGUAGCAACUCCAAACUCUAGCAUUAUCAAGCGAAAAAGCAUUCCAUUAAGUAUGAAAAAAGAGGCAAUUCAGUGGAUUAUGGGUCCAGGGAAAGGUAUCCCUUCUCGCGCAGAGAAACAUUUUGGGGCACUUAAUUGGGACGUAAGUGCGUCAUCAUUUCGCAAGUGGUGGAAGAAUCGAGACAAAAUUCUUGGCGAUUUGGGUGGCAAGAAACGGAUCAGUGGAGGAGGUCGAAAACCUUUUUUGGAAAAUGCAGAAGAGAAACUCUUGGUUGUCGUGAUUCAGGAAAGAGCAAAGAAAGAUCGUGUUACAAGAAAAUGGAUUGCCAAGACGGCGCAGCAUAUGUUUCAACGAUCUAAUGCGACGUUUAAGGCUUCCGAAAAUUGGGUCACGAAGUUUAUUCGACGCAACGGACUUACGCUUAAGCGAAGCUAUGUCACUUAUGAACCGCAACAAUUGAAUUUAGAGCAACGACAAAACUCGACUACUGAGACGAAUGCACAUGUUUCGAAUGCAGGCAACAAGUACGUGGAUGCUGAAUGCAUAUUUGGAAUGUGA